CGUAACUAGUAAACCUGCAGAAGACCACGAUCUCCACCUGAUGAUAAUUCCCCAGUUCCUCCAGUUCUUCCCACCUCCCUCAACUAUCCUCUUUCUUCGAUUAUGGAUGCUAUAAAAACAAUCGAUACCUUGAAACCGUAUACACAGAGAAGAUUAUACUUCAGGUCAGAUUUGGAAGAAAGAAAUCAUCAAUUUCAUUAUCCUCUGCAAGACAUCAUCGAUUUUAUCUGCACAAGCUGGAAUAUAGAUAACAACCCACAACCUCCGGCAGCAAAGAAAGUAAGAGGAGGGGCUAAGUUGAACUUUCGUACAAAAAUGAAAAAGGGCGAGAAAGUACCACUGGAAUUUUGGCAGGGUGCACCAGUUGGACCGAACGCAAAUAAGAUCUCAGCUUAUUGUGGAAAGCUGGCACUAAAUGGAGAAAACUUCCCUUUUGACAUUCAUGACUGGUCUGAAAUGCCCCAUAAGGAAGCUUGAAGAAGCCAUUGAAGAGAUAAAGGUAAAGAAAAUCACUUUAACCAAUAUAUUAAAUUAUUUAACUGAUUGAAGAUUGCUGAAUUUUAACUGAUGAAUAUUGUGGAAUAUUUUUCAUUAUUCUGAUGAGAUCAACUUUCGGGUGGAGGAGAAAAUCCAUGAAAAAUGGAAGGCAGACAAACGUAACAUGAGGUUGGAACAUUUCGAUGAGAAUAAGACUGAUGCACAAAACAGAGCUAGUUGUCCAAACGAAGUUAUUGACACUCAGUAGGCAAAUAUGUUGAUAUAUUGGUGUUCACCUGAAUCCAAGAAAAAAAGCAAGAAUGGCAAAGCAAGUAGAAAGCAUUUGGUUGUGCCUCAUCAUGGUGGUACUAAGUCAUUCGUGAACCACGUGAUAGAGAUAGAAGAGACAACGCAAAAGAAAGCAAGUCUAGCGGCCAUGUAUCGGAAAACCUAUAGAGCCAGAGAAGGAAAAACUUCCAACCCUAAAGCUGAAGCAAAUCGCGCUCAAAUGGAAGCCUUGGAGAGGGAAGAUUUAGAAGAGAAUGGUUCAGAUAAUGAUGUUUCAAUCUUGGAACUCACUUCUUAUGGCGAGCUGAAAGGAGACAAGUAUUCAAAAUCAUGGGAGCUGAGAAACCUGGUCGGAUUUGUGGUGUUGGUUCGCAAUUAAAGUAACCAAGCUUGGGGGGAAUCUUCUUAAAAUGUUGUCCAAAACAACGAGGAAAAUGCUGUAUUAAAUUAAGAAACUGAAGGAGGAUCAGGUUCAUAUGCAGAAUGAAUCUGAGGUUAAUUUCAUCGAAAGAUAUUAUGUUCAAGGUGUUGGAAGAUAUAUCAUAAUUAACUUUGAAGUAAGAAAUCCAUCUCUGAUAAUUUAAGUAUUUUGUGUUCAUUCACUUAAAUUUCUCUUGAAAUUUUUAUCAGACUCAAAAUGGUUUAGUAUUAAGUUUUUAUUUGUUUUCUUGUAUCAGACUCAAAAUGGUCAAGUAUUAAGUUUUUAUUUGCUUUGGAAUGUAAUCAAUC